ACUACUGUCUACAAUCUCGAUUUCGAUGUCGAAGUUCUCUCUCUUUCUCUCAAAAUCUUCAUUCCGCUGAUUCUUCUCCUAGGGUUUACAGUCUUGAAUCUCCUCCUAGGGUUUGGAUGUGAGGUCAGAUUGUGUGUCAUAUCAUCAUUUCUAUCGCAACUUUACUAUUUGUUGUGCUUAAAUAUCUCAAUUGUUUAAAUGUUGUUUUGAUUACAUUUCAGUCCCUUUGUUUGCGAUUUGAUAUGUUAGCAGUGGCUUAAUGCAUUUCAGAGGGGCAAGUUAAUAAAGUUUAAGGCUGAUUUGCAUCUGUUAUUUGUCGAACAAAUGGAACCUCCUCUUAUCUGGAGAGAUGGAAUUUUCAAACUUUGCAUAAUUAAAUGAUAAUGAGGUCUUAACAAGGAAGGUGGAAUUUGGGUAGAAGUAUCUAUUCAAUUCAAAGUAAAAUUGGUAAAUACCACCAAAUGUGAAAUGGCUACCUGAUAAUCAAACCUACCUUUUUUUUUCAAGCAGCUUCCAUGGAAUAAAACCACCACUGGCCUAUCUGUCAAUCAAACCAACCUUGUUUUUGUUUUUGUUUAUCAAAUUUCUAAAUAGGGACCCAAUGCAAAGUAGAGCCACUAAUUUUAUUAUACCCUUUGGAUAAUAGAUAUAUAGGUUCUCUUCUCUUGUUCUAGUUUCAAAAUUUGUGUAUGUUCUUCAAAACAAGCCACCAUAGACUCGUAGUUUCCAAAAACAUAACACAUUUGGGAGUGAUUUUGAAAUGGGUUUGAUGGGUGAGAACCUAACACAGAUUGUGAUACCUGUGGCUGCUUUAGUGGGGAUUGUGUUUGCUUUGUUUCAGUGGUUUUGGUGUCAAAGGUGAGGGUAAUUGGGUCUGGUUUGGAUGGAUAUAAGGACAGGUUGAUCGAAGAAGAUGAACCACAGGAGGGUAAUGACUCUGAGGAGGCUAUUGCCAAGCGUGCUGAGAUUCAAAAUGCCAUUUCUGUUGGAGCAACAUCAUUUCUAUUUACUCAAUACAAGUACCUUAGCAUCUUCACGGUUGUGUUUGGUGCUAUCAUGUUCAUUUUCCUUGGAUCGGUAAAUGGAUUCAACACCAAAAGUGAACCAUGCACAUAUAAUCAAGGAAACCUUUGUAAACCGGCCCUUGCCAAUGCCAUCUUGACCACAAUUGCCUUCUUGCUUGGCGCUCUCACUUCUGUACUCUCCGGUUUUCUUGGAAUGAAAAUCGCAACCUAUGCUAAUGCCAGAACCACUUUAGAAGCAAGAAAGGGUGUCGGGACAGCAUUUAUAACAGCUUUUCGCUCUGGUGGGGUGAUUGGAUUCCUUCUAGCUGCCAAUGGCCUUUUGGUUCUUUAUGUCUCUGUCAAUCUUUUUAAACUCUACUAUGGGGAUGAUUGGGAGGGACUUUAUGAAUCUAUAACCGGUUAUGGUCUUGGGGGUUCUUCAAUGGCGUUAUUUGGCAGAGUUGGAGGAGGUAUAUACACGAAAGCAGCUGAUGUUGGUGCUGACCUUGUUGGGAAAGUUGAACGAAAUAUCCCAGAAGAUGAUCCGCGUAACCCAGCUAUAAGUUUUUAUCCCUGGUACCCCCAUAAAUAUCAUGAUCACAGAAAAUCAAUAAAUACACUGUAAAAAUGCAAAUCAAAAGUAAAGUAGAUAAAUUUGGCUUAUGAUUAUGAGAGGCACGUAAUUGCUUUCCUAAAGUUGUUAUUGCCUCCCCAUGAUAAGGUAUUAGCAGACAAUGACACCUUCAAGAUACAACUCAAAUCACUGAAAGGUCAAUGAAUUGUCUAUCAUCGAAGUUGCCUAUAAAUAUAUGAAUAUAAUCAAAGAAAAACAAUAGAGGGAAAACAAAAUAAAUUAUUCAAAACUAAAGAACUCCAAUGUCUUAUAUAGACAUUGUAGUGUCUUUCUCCAUUAGGGACAGAACUUUUAGAUUAAAAGAACAUAAAGUUUUGUGGCUUCAAAAAUAUUUCCAACAGUUUCUAAACUUCUAAAUCAAUCCUUAAAUUUGUCAGCUGAAUUGGAUUGGAUUAGUUGUUACUCUUUUUAUAGCUGAAUUGGAUUAGUUCUCUAUUGUGGUAUUGAGACUUCAUUC